AUGGACUUCAUUACCCAGAACUCUCAGGAGGAUCACAUGACUGGGCUACUUCCCUCUGACUCAGAGAAUGCGACAGACUCCAAUACCCACAAUCCUCAGGGGGAUCACAUGACUUCUGACAAUAUCUCGCGCUCCUAUCAGCGCUCUCAUUCUCCAGAGCUCACCACCUCCUCAAUUUGCUCUGAAGUUAAGUGGGCUAAGAUUUCCCGCAACUUCUUCAAUGCUUGGGAAUUCAUCAAUCGAGCAGUCACUGGCUCAGUUGCAUUUACUUCAUCAUCACCCUCUUGUUCUUCCUGCCCUGUACCUUCACAUCCCCCGAAAAGAUGGCUUCUCUAUCACAACACUGUGAGGUUGGUGGAUGGUGGCAGUCGCUGUGCUGGGAGGGUGGAGGUUCUUCAUAGAGGACAGUGGGGAACAGUGUGUGGUCAUGGUUGGGAUAUGAGAGAUGCUGCAGUGGUGUGUAGAGAGCUGGGCUGUGGAGACACUGUAGCUGCAAUGAGUAGAGCUCACUUUGGACAAGGAUCAGGACAAAUCUGGAUGAAUGAAGUGGACUGUAGUGGAUCAGAGUCUACAGUGAAGAACUGUAAAUCACAGGGAUGGGGUAAACAUGACUGUUAUCAUUAUUCAGAUGCUGGAGUCAUCUGUUCAGGUAAUCUGCAUGUGAGGUUGGUGGAUGGUGGCAGUCACUGUGCUGGGAGAGUGGAGGUUAUUCAUAGAGGACAGUGGGGAACAGUGUGUGAUGAUAGCUGGGAUAUGAGAGAUGCUGCAGUGGUGUGUAGAGAGCUGCGCUGUGGAGACGCUGUAGAUGCACUGAGUAGAGCUCACUUUGGACCAGGAUCAGGACCCAUCUGGAUGGAUAAUGUGGACUGCAGUGGAUCAGAGUCUACACUGAAGAACUGUGUGUCAGCAAGAUGGGGUGAACAUGACUGUGAUCAUUCAAAAGAUGCUGGAGUCGUCUGUUCAGGUAGGUUUUACUGA